UUUCAGGGUUGAUCUUCGAAGUCCGCCAAUUCAAUUUGACUACAUAAAGCCUGACCUGACUUAGUCCCUUGAUAUGAUACGGAUAGUAUUGGUAUUGAGGCAUUCAGACAUCACUUAGCAUCCUAAAUUCGCUGAACUAUACCGUCUUUGAAUCAUACAACAAAAGUCUCUUUCUCAUCUCAAUAUGGCUGAUUCAUUCCCUCGCCGGCGUAUCGUCAUUUCGAAUCUCGAUCUCGAUUUACCCAAUGAUGGAGCCAAGACCGAACCCGGAGUUGAGGUAGUCACCGAUAACUUGGUGACAGAAAACAUGUUCGACGGUCUCUUGCAGAGAACCAAGAUUGGGACCGUCUCGGCAGUACCUGCCAGCAAUGAAGGACGAGGUCUGCCAGCCUUUGCUGAUGUCACUGGAAGUGGGAUAGUCCUGCCAGGUGGAGUGAACGUUUACUUCUUGGACUUGGCCCCUGGAUUCACUACUCCGAUGCAUCGGACCCCAUCAGUCGACUACGUUGCUGUCAACCAGGGAACGCCUACACUUAUUACACCGAAGACUGCUUUCAGUGCCGAGGAUGGCAAGGCUGAUUACGAAGAGACAACCGAGAGCCUACUUCGACCAGGGGAUGUUGCCGUUCAACGUGGUGCUAUGCACGCUUGGGCGAACAGAACUGACGAGUGGGUUCGCAUGAUCGGCAUGGUCAUCGACGCAAAGCCCUCCGAAUCUGUGUUGGAUGGAAAGCAGUUGGAGCUCGGCGAAAAAUGGCUUCAGUGAGCACCUCAAUUAUAGCCGAUGUUGUGCUUUGAGAGUAGAGAGUCUCGAUGCAUCAUAAGAGGUGAGCUGAGAUGGCAGAUGUAAUGUCGAGGCAGUAGAGAGGGGACAAGCUUUUGAGCAUUUGCGAACAACAAUACGCGUCUGAAGAAGGUAUCGAUUUCAACGUCAUUGUUUAACUACUCAAUGUAUGCGUGUCUCUAGUCUUUGUUGUUCACCCCGGGCCGCGGGGUGUAUACAAAGCAAUCCCUGUUGUAGAAGAGUACACCCGUGCCAUCCCCUUCGUCCACCCCGUCUUCUACAGGAACAUCGAAUAGCUUGCAUUCUUUGGCUGUUGAUUCCCAUGAAAAGGACUGACAUCGAGGUGGCCGACGGCCGUCGGUGCACAAUUCCCAGCAUUC